AUGGAUUUGGACCACCUCACCCCAGAGGAACUGGACUUUGAACUGGCGAUAAGAUCAGCGAAAGGAUUGAAAGGACAGGAUCGAAACUGGAAGACGUUACGGCUGCUACAACUGAUAAGCAAGGAGAACGGAGGAGGAGCAGCUGCACCAACAGCGUCAUCACAUGUGCUUUCGGACGUCGAUAGCAUAUACCAGUGCCAAGCGAAACUACCUCCAAUUAGUCAGGCGUUGGAGUCAGCUUUACGACAGAACGACGAAGAUCAAGUAAGGGUUUGCAGAUCCAGGCUGCUGCACUAUAGAUUCAGACUGUCCGUUAUUUCGGAUCCGACGAUAACAGUAAAUGCUAAGAACACGCUGGCCAAGAUCGACAAAACUCUAGAAAGGAUUGAAGAAUUCCUAGUAAACUUGGCGUGUGCAAAUCCAGAUAAUGAAGAAGACAACCCCGAUCCCGAAGAACUACCUGGAGAUCCAGAUACGCAGCAAAGGCUCAAGAUCGCGCAGCUACAAUCUAGCAUUAAGGAAGCUUCCCAGCAGCAACAACUGUUGGAGCAGGAACUUCAGCAACAAUUGCAUCAGCAACAGCAACAGCUACAACAACAGGAAUAUCAACCAACUCCGGAAAACCAGCAUGAACUGUACGAGCAACAACAACAACAUCGGCAGCUACAGCAACAACAAGACAUAAUACGACAGCAUCAGCGACAGCUGCAAGAGCAGCAGCAGCUCAGACUUCAACAGCAAAAGCAAGAACAACAGCUCCAACAACUAGUGAACCAGAUGCAACAACAACAACAACAACUGGAACAGCAGCUUCAUCAAGAGCAGAUUCCGGUGAUAGCGUCGCUAGGCACACAAAGAAUCACCCAACCGUGCUUGACUCAUACCGAAACCGGUACCGGUACAAAGUUUAAGUACAUCGCACCCUCGGAACAAGAACCGCCAAACCAACCGGAGCGGAAAACUAUAGAGCACGGCAGUCAGCAAUGCGAGAGUCGGUAG